AAUUUAAAAAUAAUUACUCAAUAUGGCUAUUUAUGUUUUUUUUUUUUGUUUUUUUUUUGGAGUUUUGUUCAAAGUUGUUGCUUUUGGAAGUAACCCGACGCUUGCAAUGUGUGUGACAAUGUUAGCACCGAGCAGUUGAAUAGCUUCACAUAUUUCAGGUUGAACACUGGUUCGUGUGUUUCGAAACAUAAGCUCUUGCUUUGAAAAAUAUGUGAUUAUCUUGCAUGAUGUCAGCUGAUUUCAACUAACCGUUCGCUAUAGUUUUCUUUCAAAUGUAUUCAUGAAUGUUUAAAUGUAUUUUCUCCUUAACCUUUUUGACAGCUUUCUUUUUUAUUAUACAUAAAUCAGACAAUGUUCUUUAUUUAAUUUAAUUUUUUACUUGUUUAAUUGUCUGACGUUGUUGUAGUACAUUAUAUUAAGCUCUAAGGGCCGCUAUUGGCCAGUGAGUGUAAGCAUUGAAGCAGCUCUCCUCCGUUUCUUCCCCGUGAUCCAUUUUCUCUUUAAAUCAGAGGACAUCAAACACGCAGAGCGAAUGUCUGGACCCUUCAUUGUCCGAUAAAUGCGACUGAUGGACAACUUAAAUGCGUUGUGAUCACCAUGGAAAGGAUUUCCUUUUAGCCACGGUUUGGAAAAAAAAAAAAAAAAACUUAACUGGGAUUUGUCUUUUUUUUUCUGAAUGGAAAAUAAGGAGGGAACAAUGGAGCGGCUAGCGCUGUUGUUUUUCUUGUUCCUCUUCCCCUCUCUGGUGACUGCCCAGGUCAGCUACUCCAUUCCCGAGGAAAGUCCAAAAGGAUCAUUAAUCGGUAACAUCGCUCGGGAUUUGGGUUUGGACAGUAAAAGGCUGUUUUCCGGAAACGCUCGAAUUUUUACUGGAGACAACACGGAUUACGUUGAUCUGAAGAGAGAACGGGGAGUCCUCAUUGUCAAAGACAAAAUAGACAGGGAGCUGCUUUGCGGGCAGACGACGCCUUGUGCCCUUCAUUUUCAAGUUAUUCUGGAAAACCCCAUGGAGUUUUACACGGUUGCUGUUGAAAUUGUCGAUAUAAACGACAACGCCCCAUUAUUUGAAAAGUCGGACAUGACAUUUAAGAUAAGCGAGUCGGCGGUGAUAGGAGCAAAAUUCUUGUUGGAGAGAGCCGUAGAUCCCGAUGUUGGCACGAACGGUCUUCAGAGUUAUUUUCUUUCCAAAACAGAGCAUUUUGCUUUGAAGUUGAAAGAUCAACCAGACGGUGAAAAGAUUGUUGAGAUGGUUUUGCAAAAACCUCUUGACAGAGAAAAACAGGAGGAGCUAUUUUUAGUGUUGACUGCAGUGGACGGAGGAGAACCGCAACUAACCGGCACAGUAAAAAUCCAUGUCACGGUGCUUGAUGCUAAUGACAAUGCGCCAGUUUUUACUAAACCACUUUACAAAGCUACUAUUCCAGAGAAUGCCGCUAAGGGUACAGUUGUAACCAGAGUUAGUGCUUCUGAUGCGGAUAAAGGAUUAAACUCCAAAAUACUUUAUUCUAUCUCCACCACAAUAGCAGAUAUACGAGAUUUGUUUAAAAUGAAUGAAUCGAAUGGCGAUCUAAUAUUAGCUGAUAGUAUAGAUUACGAGAAAGCGCGUUACUAUCAGAUACAUGUACAAGCAAGUGAUGAAGGAGGAUUAACAGAUUCCUGUAAAGUAACUGUUGAUGUGACUGACAUUAAUGAUAAUAAGCCUGUUAUUAAUAUAAUAUCACAGAUUAACGUAAUUCCAGAAGACUCUAAACCGGAGACAAUAGUGACCAUGGUAAAUGUUCAGGACUUAGAUUCAGGAGAAAACGGCAAAGUUCACUGUGCAAUUAAUGAACAGAUUCCUUUUACAUUAAAAUUAGCAACAGAUGGUUUCUUUAAUCUUGUGACAGAAAGUAGAUUGGACAGAGAAAUAGGAUCAGGGUAUAAUAUCACUGUUAUCUGCUCUGAUGAAGGAGUUCCUUCACUCUCCAGCAGCGUCACUCUCACUUUGCAAGUCUCUGAUGUAAAUGACAACUGCACCUGUAUUUGAGAGAAGCUCUUAUGAGGCCUACAUUGUAGAAAACAACACGCCAGGUGUGUCUAUAUAUACAGUGAGAGCCACAGACACUGAUUGGAAUCAAAAUGCUCGUGUUUCUUACA